AGCAAAACGGGAAGUAGCGAGCAGAAUCCCUUACCCGGCUUGGUUUGCCAUGUGGGGAAAGGGGAUGCAAACGAUCCCUUUCGCCCUGAAACAGCGUGCAGCUGCCAUUGCGCCGUGGUAGGUUACGCGCUCCCUUCCAAUUGCCGAAACGCCUUGUGUAUUUAGGAUGCUGCGACCUUUUAGAGAGUAGGAUUCCUUAAUGAUCUGGGAACUCCUUGACAUUUUUUGGAGAAUGUGGAGGUCUUUCUGGGUAAAGGGCUAGUGUUUGGUGCUACGUGGGUAGUUCGGGGAGCUUUGCUUUAGUCUUUCGUCAGGUCGCCCCAACCUGCCACCAGGCCGGCCCGUCACCCUCUCACCCCGGCCGGUUGCUGCCCCUGAGACCGUCCUGCUGCUGGUGGGGCUCAUGGCUGUGAUCCGUUUCCUAAGGUGCUCUUGACGCCCUAAAACUGGAACUACCGGGGCAGAACAGUUUCAGAAGAGCGCUGAUGACCUUGGUGUUGGUGUUGAUGAGAUUUAACUGUAGAGGAACUUUCCUUUCUGAUGGGUAUCCAUUGCAUUUUUAAGAUUUAUCACGAUUCUGUGGCAAACAUAGCUUUUGAGGUGGCGUAUGGACAUGACCAAGAUUUAUGGCUGGGCACAGAUUGGUGUUGGUAUUAGGAGACCUGCACAUCCCACACCGGUGCAACAGUUUGCCAGCUAAGUUCAAAAAGCUGCUGGUACCAGGAAAGAUUCAGCACAUUCUCUGCACUGGAAACCUUUGCACCAAAGAGAGUUAUGACUAUCUCAAGACUCUGGCCGGUGAUGUUCAUAUUGUGAGAGGAGACUUCGAUGAGAAUCUGAAUUAUCCAGAACAGAAAGUUGUGACUGUUGGGCAGUUCAAAAUUGGUUUGAUCCAUGGACAUCAAGUUAUUCCAUGGGGAGAUAUGGCCAGCUUAGCCCUGUUGCAGAGGCAGUUUGAUGUGGACAUUCUUAUCUCAGGACACACACACAAAUUUGAAGCAUUUGAGCAUGAAAAUAAAUUCUACAUUAACCCAGGUUCCGCCACUGGAGCAUAUAAUGCCUUGGAAACAAACAUUAUUCCUUCAUUUGUGUUGAUGGAUAUCCAGGCUUCUACAGUUGUCACUUAUGUGUAUCAGCUAAUCGGAGAUGAUGUGAAAGUAGAACGAAUCGAAUACAAAAAAUCAUAAAGCCAGGCCUGUCUUGAUUUUUUCUGUUGUUGUUGUUUCUUAUUAAUUCCCCUGUUCAAAUCAAGUAAUGAAACAAUUAAGAGCCACAAAAUUGUAUCACUUUUAUAAUAUUUUGCAGUAAAAUGUAUCGUCUUCUGUUAAUACAACGUCUAAGCUUCUUGUAAACUAUAAGAAUUUAUUUAGUUUAAGUAUAUGAUUUCUAUGAAAAAAUGUCCCCACACAGUAAAUGGUUACAUGUUAAGAAAAACUUAUCAUUGUAAAUACCUUCAGAGUUGAUAUUUAGAACUUUAUUAUAAAAGUAGUGCAUGAGGGAAAAGAAUCUGGACUUUCUUGUAUACAUUUUUCUCUUCUCCAGUAAUAAAGUUACCUUUCAUUUAUA